AUGCUCCGCUGUCUGGCUGCACCGGCUAUUUCCGACCCCCAAGGGACUGGGAUCCGAAUCGGACUGCUGAAGAAGAUUGAGAUGAAGGGCGACGAUGCAAUGAUGGCCGCUAUUGGCAAGUCGGCUUUCGAUCGUUACGGUCAACACGCGAGGGAGCAACAGGUUACGACAGCUUUCCACUUGGCACGCGGGAAAAAUACGUUCUUACUCGCGGGGACUGGUUUUGGGAAAUCUAGGAUACCUGAGAUAUACCACACUCUCUUACCCAAAUCAGCCAAUGGGGUGAUACUUGUAUUGAACCCACUGGAUGCACUAGGUGACAACCAGGUGCUGGAAAAGAAGAAAGCCGGGUUCUCAGCAAUCAACCUCACCAAAUUGACAUUCAAUGUGGAAGAAGCAAACAAUGUAGUCAAUGGGAAUUACAAUUUCGUGUACCUCAGCCCCGAGAUUUUCCUGAACUCUCGCCUGUGGGAUCAGGUCUACUUCUGCCCAAACUUUCAAAACCGCCUGGCUUUGGUCGUGAUCGAUGAAGCUCAUAUCAUAUAUCAAUGGGGUCUCGUCGAAUCUUCUAGCGGGAAGGACAAAGCGGUUGCACUUGGCCGCAUUGAAGACAUAGCAAUUUUCAGGCCUUGUUAUGGGAAGAUGGGUGGUCGGCUUCUGACUCGUAAUGGCAAACCGAUCUUAUUGAUGUCCGCUACUUGCCGGCCGAUUGCCGUGGAAGCAAUCAAAAAGAGCUUGAAAUUCGAUGACCAUAAUGUGUGUGUGGUGAGGGCGGAACUCACCAGACCGGAGAUUCGCAUCGUUCAGGUCCCAAUAACGUCUUCAAUGGCCGCUUGCACCGAGUUGGUUCAUUGGUUUGCACUCCAAUUGGACGUGCCGAAUGAAAAGGUUGUUCCGACUUUGAUAUAUAGUUCUACUAGAAACCGGACCUUGCAGGUGAUGAAGGUUGUUGACGAUGCUCGCGGGACACCUGGAAGUUCAAUGAGGCCAAAUGCGAUGCUGGUCCGGCGAUUCCACUCGUGCACUGGCGAGAAAGAUAAAUUGAGGGUCGUGGAGGAUUUCGCUGCGGGGAUAUUUCCGAUGAUAUCAUGUACGAUGGCUCUUGGGAUGGGUCAAAACUGGUCUCGAGUGCGUCGGGUGUUCCAGUUGGGGCGUGGUGAUCCAUCAGCAAUAUGUCAGAUGGUUGGACGGGCAGGGCGAGAUGGCCGACCGGGUUUAGCAAUAUUGUUUGUGGAGAAGACACGGAAGGGGGGGAAGAAUAAAGUGGCAGCGUUCGACUGGUCAAGGAAGGCUGGGGAGAAUGACCGAAUGGACGCCUUGGCGGUAACACCUGUGUGUCUGAGGAUAGCUUUUGCUAUUGAUAAUGCGUGA